UUAAAAGUAACCUCAAAGCGGCGGCGACGAGUUUCGCCUAUUUAUUUAUUUUUUAUAUUGUUAAACCUUGCACAAUGAGCCGGAACUACAAGGAAGAUCAGAGCAGUGAGGUGGAAGCUCUGGAUUCCAUUUACUGCGGCGAAAUGGAAAUUCUCGCGACGGAACCUUUUCAUAAAUUCCAAAUCCCAAUUGCGACGGAGGAGUACAAUGCAGAGGAAAAUGAAAAUGGAUUGUCCUGCAAGUUGGUCUUCACAUACACAGCCACAUAUCCGGAUGCGGCGCCAUUGGUGGAAAUUGAGGAAGCUGAAAACUUUGAAGACACAUUCGAGACACGUCUGCUGGAGCAUUUGCGGCUGACCAUUGAGGAAAAUCUCGGCAUGGAGAUGAUAUUCUCUCUGGUAAGCAGUGCACAGGAGUGGCUGAAUCAGCGUUGGGAUGAACACACAACCCAGGCGGAGGAGACGCGUGUGAAGAAACUGCGGGAGGUCGAAGAAGAGGAACGCAAGAAGUUCGAGGGUACGCGCGUGUCGGUCGAGACGUUCAUGAAGUGGAAGCUUGACUUUGAGGAGAGCACGGGCAUCGCAGCGAAAAGGGAGAAGAUCAAUGACUGCAAGAAGCUGACUGGCCGCGAGCUCUUCAUGUGCGACACCACGUUGAAUGAUUCCGACAUUAAAUUCUUGCUGGAAGCGGGCGAAAACAUUGAAAACGUCAAGAUCGACGAGACUCUCUUUCAAGAUAUUGGAGAGCUGGAUUUGGACGACGACGACGAUGAGGACUGGGUGCCUGGUGCCGAUGACGACGAUGAUUGAGCGAACUGAAACAAAUGGUUAUUCGAAGGCAUAUUCUGUGUAUUCUGUGCAACAUUAAAUGCGAACUUUUGGUUAAUCUAA